CGGCGGUACGUCAGAGUCGAGGCGGAAGCGGAAGGCAAGCAGUGGGCGCGGAAACAUGGCGUGCACAUACAUAGGCACAGUCAGGAUGACAGCCGGCGCGUGUGUGUUUUCUGCGCUUAUCGCAACAUGUGUGUUGCUGCAGUCCGCGUCGGCCAAUUUAAGAGUAAUCACAGAUGAAAACUGGGAGGAAAUCCUGACGGGAGAAUGGAUGAUCGAGUUCUUUGCUCCGUGGUGUCCGGCCUGCCAGCAGCUCCAGCCCGUGUGGAAUGAGUUCGCAGAAUGGGGAGAAGAUUUGGGAGUGAAUAUUGCCAAAGUGGACGUCACCGAGCAGCCAGGUUUGAGCGGGAGGUUCAUCAUCACAGCUCUACCAACUAUCUACCACUGUAAAGAUGGUGUGUUUCGGCGGUAUCAAGGAGCCCGAUCUAAAGAUGAUUUCCUGAGCUUCAUUGAUGAGAAGAAAUGGCAGAGCAUAGAGCCGCUCUCUUCCUGGUUCGGCCCCUCAUCCUUCCUGAUGAACGCAAUGUCAGCCCUCUUCAAGUUAUCCAUGUUCAUCAGGCAUUGCCAUAAUUACUUAACGGAGCAACUGGGCGUCCCGGUUUGGGGCUCAUACGGGAUAUUUGCUCUAGCAACACUCAUCUCAGGAUUGGUCCUUGGAUUGAUACUGGUUUUCAUCGCAGAUUUUGUGUUCCCAUCACGGCGGUUUGCCCCAGAUUAUCACUACAGGAAACUGCCUGCUGUACAGGCUCGUCUCCUGCAGCAAUUGGAAGAUGAACAGGAAGCUGACGGAGAGGAAGAGGAUGAUGAUGAUGAUUAUGGUGGAAAGACUGAAGAGUGGCGGCGAGAGGACGGACCCGAUGCACUCCGGAGAAGAGGUGUGGGUGUGCCUGAGGAGGACACCUAGUGGACUGGAGAGGAACUGCCUCUCGCUCACUGUGCACAAAACCACCACACAAACCACAGCGCUAUGCUCAUUGAGCUUGAUGAUGUCACGUGUGAUGUCAUAGCUCCCUCUGAAAGGUUGAUGUGGUUGUGCUUUUCUCUCUUUCUUGCCGCUAGUAUGUAUUUUCUCUUUUCCACCUUUCUAGUUUUAAUUAUUACACUCUUUGCUAUGCAGUAUCUCCAGAGUGAGUGUGUGUGUGUGUGUGUCAGAGGAAUGUUAGGACUUAUGUUAAGGAAUUUCACGACUCAGUUAAAAUAUUCCCCAAACAAAUAUUGAGCAAAACAGCCAAGAUCAAACAACGACAUCACUGUGAAUCUGUUGUAAAUGAGGCUUUUGGGAAUAUAAAAGAUUUUUGUGCUUUACUUUGUGAAUAUUUUAUUAUUUGAGCUUUUUGGAUGCCUGUUGUAUAAAGCCAGAAUGGUCAGUUUUUUGUUUUAAACUGUUUUUCUUCCAUGUAGAGUUUAGCUUCUUCUUUCUUUUUCCUUUUUUCCCCUGUUUGGUUUCUGUUUUAUUGAAGUUUUGGAUAACUAGAAAAGCCUGAAUUAGCACUUGUUUAUUAAUGUGUGUAUGUGUGAUGAUUGAUUAUUAUUUGACACCAAAAGACACUUUUAUUAGUUUGUGUCAGAUACGACAUGAUUUGUGUUCUUAUAAUUUGCUUUAUAUUAGUUACUCUCAUACUCUCAUAAUACUCUCAUUUUCCACACCCUGUUUCUUUAAAUUUAGUUUCUUUAAUGACAUAUAGGGUUAUGAUGUUAAUUGUAGCUUGUGUGUUAUGUUAUGUUUCAGUGGAUCUUAGGAUGUAUCUUGGUCUUCCAACUUUUUUUGGAUGCAGUUUAUUUGUUCCCCUUUUAGUUCUAAUACUUUUCUUAUAAUCCUUACUAUAUAAGUUUGACCCCUGACAUUUGACUGAUCCACUAGAAUUUAAGUGCUUCUCAAGGUGUUCUGCUCUUUUGUCCACAGCAGAACAAUUCUAACGUGUGAAUGUCUGUAUUUACUCUAUUACUUAAAGUGUGUGUUUGAGAGACUGGUUUUGGAAAGUUUCUGUGUUUGAGAUGGUGUGAAUCUGGACUGUUAAUAAACAGUUUAAAGCUGCA